CAGUUUACGUCAAGUGAUUACUUUUCCAAAUUCUUCUACUAAAAAAAUAAACAGUUCUAGUCUGUUCUUCUAAUUUGUUGUGUAUGACUGUGUACACUGAAAAUAGAAACUUUGUCAAUUUAGUUGUAAAUAUAAAACGAAUCUGAAAAUGACUGAUUGGCAAUUAGAAUGUACGGAAUUGAAGCAAAGGGGUGCAUAUCUAUUGCAAUCCGGACAAUGGUCGGAUUGUACGUUCUUGGUGGGCUCAGAGCCCCAAGUAGUGAUAUCUGGCCAUAAAUUAAUAUUGGCAAUGUCGUCUCCUGUCUUCGAAGCUAUGUUUUACGGCGGUAUGGCGGAAAGGAAUGAACCUAUACCCAUAUUAGAUGUGCAAAUCGAGGCAUUUAAAGCACUAUUAGAGUAUAUAUACACAGGAAAUAUAAAUAUCAGUUCAUUUGACAAAGCCUGUGAGUUGUGUUAUGGGGCAAAGAAGUACAUGUUGCCUCAUCUCGUUAAGGAGUGUACCAGAUAUCUGUGGUCAGAUCUAUAUCCGAGAAAUGCUUGCAGAGCAUAUGAGUUUGCUAGACUCUUUGAAGAAAAUGUUUUAAUGGAAAAAUGUAUACAGAUAAUAAGCACUAAUACAAAGGAGGUUCUAAAUGACAAUAGUUUUGAAGAAGUGGAAUUAAAUACAGUUAUAACAGUAUUUUCCCUGGACCAUCUGAAUGUGGACAGUGAACUUGAUCUAUUUGAUGCUGCAGUAAGAUAUGCUAAAGCUUUAGACAAGAGGACAACGGAGAGAAGUGUCAGUCCUCCCGCAGAAGUGGUAGAACCUGAAAAGAGUCCAGCGCCAUCCACAUCUAAAGAUCAAUCAGAGCCAAGUGCCACUAAAGUAACAAUAGUGCCAAAGGUAGUGAAUGUGGAGAGCAGUGCGGAGAACAGUCCGGAAGCAGUACCGGAGGUGUGCAGAGCGGAGACUGACCAGCCUGUGAUAGUUUCUGAUCAGCCUGUGAUAGUUUCUGACCCUGUGCCUCCACCUGAGGAGCCUAAGAAGACGAGAGAUGGCAAAGAAAAACCGACAAUCCGCAGCGCGAUAGAGAAGAUAAGAUUCCUGACUCUAACACCUCAGCAGUUUGCCGAAGGCCCAGCUCGAUCAUCACUACUGACAGAGUCUGAGGCGUUUGCGGUGCUCAUGAACAUCCUCUCCAGUAACUCGGAUGUACCAAUGCCUAGAGGAUUCUCCACAUGCAGAGUACCGAGGAAACAGCUAAUUGGUGGUGGACCUUCUUGUAAUAUGCCCACAUUCACCGUGGACACACCGAGCCCUGUGUCCGUAGAGCAGGCCUGGAACAUCCCCAUGCCCUGCUAUAUGUACCAGCGGCCGCCGCGUCACGACGCAAUGCGUCUAUCAUCGAUGGUGAACAACCAGUCUCACUCUGGUCUGGGUGUGCCGGAGCCCGCACUGGACCUUAACAAGAUAUACUGCCAGCGCCCCCUCAUACAGCACACAGACUGCAUGAACACCAGCAUACUGGACUGCUCCGCUACAUUUAUGGUUGAUAAGAACAUCUGUUUGUUAGGUGUUCAGGUGCCAACACAAGCUCCUAGUGAGGAGGCAGGCGGGAAUAACUCCGGCUUAGUAGGUGCGGGGGGUUUGGCGGGUGUGGGGGGUGUGGUGGGUGCAGGGGGCGCUGGGGGUGCUGGUGGGUACUGCGAGCUGCUGUACGCGCACUUGCUGGACGCGGAUGGCGCUCGCCUCACGUACACGCACUACACCGGUCGUGUGCCAUACCGACAUCUGUUGGACAUUAUGUUUAACAGACCUGUGUAUAUUCAGAGGAAUAAGGUAUACAAGGUGGGUAUAGUGUUCAACAAAGUGGGCUGGUACCCGAUGGGCCGGUGUGCACAGCAAGUGGCUACUGAUUCUGUCUUCUUCAACUUUGGUGUGGGCCAGAGCAGUGAUUCAGUCCGAGAUGGGUUGAUACGAUCCAUCAUAUUCACCUACUAACAGGAAGUUGAUCCAGAUGUUAUGUGGAUAUACUGAACUGGUACAUGUUCAGAGCCGAGUGGUAAGUACACUGGAACAUUGGAAUGGAAAGUGUUAAGUGACAAUGUUUGAUAUAAGUGUAGUUUUAUAUGUGUUUAUUGCCAGUGUAAAUAAUCGUCUCUAACAUCUCAAAUAAUGACAAAAGAUGUGUUUCUGUAUCUUUUUCUGACAAUAUUGAUACCUAGUUUUAUAUUGAAUGGUUUCGGUACAUCGGUACAUAUAAUUGUAAAUAGACAAAAUAAGUUAUACAAGACUAGUUAAAAAUUAGGUACAGAAUACUUGUUAUUUAUUAAAAUUUAUCAAAAUCUUAUUUUCUUAAGCUAUAUAGAGGUUUUGAAAUUACCCUGUAGUAUGUGCUUUUUUAUGUGUUUGUAUUUCUACGCAUCAUAUUUCAUAGACUAUUUUUUGACUUUA